GAACGAAGUUGCCAAGCUAUAGUCAAAAUUGAUUUUAAAUUAACUCCAUAUUCUAAAGACCACGAUUGACAUACACAAUCUAAAGGUCUUAAUAGAUGACUAUAUAUUAUAUUAUUAAUUACCCAGUGUAUUACAAUGUGGCGGUACUACGCAGUACCUAAAGUUAAGCACUACAAUAUCAGCUAUUCUGUUAUCUCUUUGUAUACAUAGGUAUAACGCAGUUACCGAUUAUGGCCGGAGAGCAAGUCAUUUAGUAGUCGGCAACAGUCACAACUUACAUUAGUUUAGUUGCGCGUGCGCCUCGGUCGAGGCGAGCGGCUUGUUAGCUGCCGAAAUUAUUACCCGAUAAUGUAAAUUAAUAAUAAAACCCGAAAAAUUAUCAAACCGGAGUUGCCUACGCGGUAAUUAGUCCACACUAUGGAGUGCUACACAUCUGACAGCUGCGAUAGCGACAGCAGGGAGGAAAAAACGCUCGAUUUAUCAAAUAGAGCUUUGGAUUGCGAGACAAUAUCGUCUGAAAUGGAUAGCAUUAUCGAAGAAAAGGGCUGUGCGUCGAAAUACGAGAUCUUUCUGCUCUACAGUAAUCAAAUAGAGGCCCUGCCGAGCUCUAUUAACAGUUUUAUCAACCUCAAGAUAUUAGACAUAAGCAAUAACAGGCUGACCUCGCUCCCUGAUGUGCUCAAACAUUGCCCGCUUACAUCACUGAUAGCCAAACACAAUCAUCUGACCAACGAGUCGCUGCCGAAGUGUUUUUACUCAUCAAAGAAUACCCUGCGAGAACUCAACUUAAGUGGGAACAAGUUGAAUUUCUUCCCAGAACAAGUAUUACAAUUAAUAUCGCUGAAAUACCUUUAUUUGGGGGGCAACAACAUAGUCAAUAUACCAAAGGAUAUCUGGAAGUUGAAUAGCUUACAAAUAUUAUCAUUAGGAGGAAACCAAAUAACCGAGGUACCUGAUUCUGUGGGAGGUCUCACAUCGCUUCAGGCCUUAGUUUUAAGCAAUAACCAAAUAGAACAAUUGCCAGCUAGCAUUGCAAACCUCAAGCAACUCAGGUCGCUUCUUAUCCAUCAAAACAAACUGAAGACCUUACCAACUCAAAUUAUAAAGCUGAAAUGCCUAUCAGAGUUGAGUCUUCGCGACAAUCCUCUAGUGGUGAGAUUCGUGCGAGACAUGACGCUGCAGCCGACGUCACUGCUCGAACUCGCGGGCCGAACGAUCAAACUGCACGAGAUACCAAUCCGUGAGGGAGAAGUGCCAGCAUCACUGAUCAAGUAUUUGACAACUGCCCAGUGUUGCGUUAACCCGAAAUGUAAAGGUGUAUUCUUCGAUAAUCGGGUUGAGCACAUUAAGUUCGUCGACUUCUGCGGCAGAUAUCAGAUCCCACUGUUACAGUAUCUGUGCAGUUCCAAGUGCAUCACAGGCAGGUGGGAGAGCCGGGAGGUGGACAGCAAUGCACCGUCGCAUAUGAUGAGAAAAGUUCUUUUGGGGUAAAAAGUGUUGUGCCUACCAAAUCUUAUACGUAAACAUGGACUGGAUUUUAUUAAGCUUGAUGAAACUAUACAGGGUGCUCGGAAGUAUUUCCCAUAACUGAGUUAGGUAUAUAUAAUAAAUCUUAUAUUAUGACCUAGCCAAACUUAUUCAUUGACAAAUAUCAUGAAGUAGCUUACUAGUGAAGUGUCAGUUGCCAGUCGUCGAUAACGAGUUAACGACAGUCUUACCACUACGAUUACGUAUUUAAAAUGUAAGGAUAGAUCUUUAUCUAUCCUUAUGGCGUUAUUAUUCCGACUAUCCAUGUAAUAUUGUUACAUUACAUGGAUAGUCGAAAUUAUUUGAAGUACUUUGUAUGAAAACAUAAAGUGUUUUUUAGUUAAAAAAAACGUCAUUAUGUUCGGCUCCCAUUAGUGGACUUAUCAACACCUUGAAGUUAUGAAAAAGAACUCCAAGCACUCUGUAUAUAAAUAUACUUAAACAAUACCAGUGGCGUGUACAGGGUUUUUAACUAGGGUAAGCAUUAUACAUAAAGAUUAUACAAAAUGGAAAAUUCCUUCUCUGAUAAUUUUGUAAGGACUCCACAGGGUAUUUUGUAUGAAGUGCACGCCACUGAACAAUUACUAUACUCACAUCACUAUCUAGCCUCAGAAUACAGCGUAGCCAUGUGUUAUGGGUACUAAGAUAGCUGAUAUUAUAUUACAUACAUUAAUAUACUACAUGUAAAUACAUAGAUAAUGUAUAAGUACACCCAGACAGGUGGUCUGUAGGUCUCUUUCGUCCUAUCACAACGAAAGACUCUUUCGUCCUAUCACAACGGAAGACUCUCUUUCGUCCUAUUACACCGAAAGACUCUCUUUCGAAAAAGAGAGCGAUAUUUUCGGUACGUCAAAAUAUGAUCUUUAGUCUGCAUGUUAGGCCUAGGCAUGGGCCGUGGUUAGUUAUUACCCUACCAACAAAGUUGUAACGCCAAGUUACAUCUAUUCUGGUCAAACAGUCAAGAGGUAUGAAUAGAAUAAACUUGUACCCCUUCCAAAUAAGCCAGCUUCCAUCAUGGACUGCAUCACAAACAUCAGCUGAGACUGAGAGCACAAUCAAGGCCUAACAUUGAAUAAAAAACAAAUUAUCAAAAAGUUUGAAGCCAGUUUAGGGUUCAGCAAGAAAGAGCUAUUUUUAAAUUACGCCCACUUUCAACAAAGGCUUAUGGCUUCUAUGUCUGGCUGUAUAUUUUAAUAUUAUUUAUGACAGUUUGACAAAGAUACAAUUUAUUUUAUCUCAUAAUGUAAAAUUUGGUAGACACAACAAUGAAUCUUGAAAGUAAAAAUGAUUGUUUAUAAUGGUUUAGUAGUCUUCAAAAAAAAAUAACAUGUUAUUUGUACAAUUUGUAUUUUCAAUCUAACUUGAUAAUAUUUAUAAUUUUUUUGUUAAGUUGUGUCAGGGUCUAACAAAAUAAAAGAUGUAAAAAAUAUUUAGUGAUAAAUAUAUUAUCAAUUGUUAUUGUUUAUAAAUUAUUAUCUUAUUCUAUCUAACUGUUGAACAUAUUAUAUUGUAACAAAGCAA